CUUAUCAGCUACUAUUUUUCAUUGGUCUUUAAGUUUGUAAAAUUAUCAUGUUCAGAAGACCAAAAACAGACCAAAGCAGAUCUGACCUGAUGUAACACAAUGAUUUGAUACAUGGGUUAAUAAUAUUGCAAGGCCACAUCACAGGCGCUGCUCUGGUGAAUGGCGUUACCGCGGCCAGCCAAUAAGGAUCCGUUAGUGCGGGAUUUUUUUAGCCACGUCACACGCACGGGAGCGCGCAUAGGGAAGCAGAGGAGGCGCCGAAGUCGGGAGCGCGCGCUGGCGGCGAGCUAUUUCUGAAAAUCAUUUUCAGGCCACGCAGGAUGCCGCUCUUGUAAGACGCGACCAUAAUGGGGAAAGCGGGUCCCCGGCGUAUGUGCAAGGACACACCGAGUGCGUCCAUCAAGGCGGUUCAGGCGCGGGUUCGACGCCUUCAGCUCGGCCGUAUUUAAAGGGAAGCAGCCCCCGGAGAUCCUCUGGCGGAUCUAUCGUUAUUCUGCCCGGGUUUGGGCUGAGAAAUCGGGGCUUCGGGAGGGUGAGGCGGGGCUCAGGGAGGCAGCGACCAGAAAAGCACUGAGUAUUUCAUUAUUAUGGGGAACUCUAUAUGGAAAUACCGCUGGCGCAGGAAUCAGCGGGUCGCCGGGAACCUGUGACACAGCGAACCGGGAACCCGCAUCCCGUCCGCCGGCCGGCCAUGUCAGCUUUCCGCCUCGACUUGCACUCCCCCCCGGCCGCGAUUUCAGCACCGCCGGAGCUGGACAGCGACUGUAUGGAGCAGUACCCCCCAGAGCUGGAGCCCGGCGGCCUGGGAAUGGCGCUGGAGGAGGAGCUGGCCGCGCUGGCCGGGGAGAGCCUGGAGGACGCCGCCGAGCCCGCUAACGGGCAGGAUCCCGACUUACUGUCGCUCUUUCGGCAAAAGGAGAAGGAUCUGGUGCUGGCCGCGAAGCUGGGGAAAGCGCUGUUGGAGCGCAACCAGGAGCUGAGGAAGCAAUAUGAGAAAAUGAACAAAGAGCUCAAUGAGAAGCUGGAGCACCUGGAGCAGGAAAAGCACGAGCUGCGGCGUCGGCUGCAGAGCCGUGAGGGCGAGUGGGAGGGCCGCGUGGCCGAACUGGAGGCGGAUGUGCGGCUGCUGCAGGGGGCGCUGGAGAGGCAGCAAGUCCAGCUGCGGGAGGCCGACCGGGAGAAGACCCGCGCCGUGUCCGAGCUGUCCGAACAGAACCACCGACUACUGGAGCAGCUCAGCCGGGCUGCAGAAGUGGAGAGGCAGCUGUCCACUCAGGUCCACUCGCUCCGAGAUGACUUCCGGGAGAAGAAUGCCUCCAGCAGCCAGCAUGUGUCACGCCUGGAGAGUCUGCAGGCCGAGAUAAAGAUGCUGUCAGAGCGCAAGCGCGAGUUGGAGCGGCACGUGGAAGCAGCUCUCGAGGAGAACGUGCUGCUACACUCUACGGUGGACAAGCUGCGCGAGCGCACCUUCGAGCUGGAGAGUCAGUGUCGCGAGAAGGACCUGCAGCUGAGGCAGAGCCAGGAGGAGCUGCAGGAGGUGAGGCUGUCGCACCGGCAGCUGAGCGAGCGCUUGGAGGAGAUCAGUGAGGAGCGGAGCCUGCAGGGCCUGAGUGUGCACACCCCCAGCCUGCUGUGUGAGAUCGAGCAGAGCAUGGAGCAGGAGGAGCUGGAGCAGGAGAGAGAGCAGCUGCGGCUGCAGAUGUGGGAGGCCUACUGCCAGGUACGCUCCCUCUGCUCUCACCUGCGAGGCAACGACGUCACCGACUCUGCACUUUCCACCGACUCUUCUAUGGACGAGUCGUCUGAAACAUCCUCCGCCAAGGAUGUACCAACAGGCAGCCUGCAUGCUAGCCUGCUGGAGCUGCGAAGGCUCACGCAGAACCUGCUGGAUGGCAACGAGUCCACGGGCUCACGGCGCAGUGACGAAGAGGCACUAGAGGAUCAGGUACGGAAACUGAGCGAGGAGCUGCGGACUCUCAGGGACCAGUGUGAGGGCGAGCAGGAGAAGGCCCGAGUUAGCCAGGAGGAGGUGCUGCAUCUGCACAACCAGGUGGCGCUGCUGUCGCUAGAGCUAUGUACUGUGCGCGAGGAAACCGAGCACUUGCGAACAGUGGCGGAGGUGCGGGAGCCCAGCGAGCAGCUGCAGAGCGCCAUCCGGGACCGGGAUGAAGCAAUUGCCAAGAAGAAGGCGGUGGAGAUGGAACUGGCCAAGUGCAAGAUUGACAUCAUGUCUCUGAACAGCCAGCUGCUGGAUGCCAUCCAGCAGAAGCUCAACCUGUCACAGCAGCUUGAGGCCUGGCAGGAUGACAUGCACCGGGUCAUCGACCAGCAGUUGAUGGACCAGCACCGGCAAGGGGGCAGGGCGUCGUCACACUCCUCCUCCGAUUCACCGGCCAGGCGGGACGCCCCCUCCAGGAGGCCUCCGCGCCUAGCCAAUGGGGACAGGAAGUUGUUCUCCUUCUUCAAGAAGAAUUGAGAAGCUGGGGUGGGGGAAGAAAUUAACCAAAGUGAUGCAGGCUUCAUAAGAGAGGAAGACAGGGAGGCAGGCCGGGGGUGGCCAAGAGCAGUAGCCCAGCGGCCUUUAAAUGCAUUUUAAUAAGCACUUAAUUCACCUGAAACACCAGGUCAGGUGACCUGCUAUCCAUAUCAUUACAUUAGUAAACUUAAAGCGGCGGGCUGAGCACCGUUAAGCUGGUGAGAAGGGCUGGCCACCCCUGGACCAGGCGACGUGUAGAACAAAGCCAGAGAGGCAGACAGCACUCUGAGAGUGAGAAGUGGACAGGCUGACAAGCUGUCGCCAUCAUUUAGCACUUUAUCUGUCUCCCCAUCAUGCCCUGGGGGGUGGGCUUGCGAUUGGUGCCCCAGCAUGACAAGGCCCUCUUGUGGCCAGACAUGAGCUCCUCAGCCAGUAGUGACUAAUUUCUCCAGAACUAUCUCUGUGUUUAAAUUUCUGCCUGCACCUCCAGCCGGGAAGGCAGAGGAUGGCAAGUUUUCCUUUUUUUUCCACAAGGGCAUAUUAUCUUGUUGCUUCCAGGUUCAACCACCUUCUUAGGACCAUUCAAAUAUUAGGGGGGGGAGCACAGCCUCUGUGAUACUGUCAGCUGAGGACCAGCACAGAAAAGCUGAUGUGUGCUGUCUCUGAGAACCUCCCAGGGAGCCUAUCAUGUGACAGGAAGUGCAUCUCAGACCAUUUCUGACAGGUCCCGGCCUCAGUGUUUAGACAGGAAAGAGAGCUGCAAUGCUCGGCCCCUAAAUGCUCCUGGGAGACUGUGAAAAUGCUUGGACUGGGACAGUUUCCAGGAGUGGCUUGUCACGUGUGUCCCUGAAAAACAUGGACUGCAGGGACAGUCGGGGACAGAGUGCAGCAAAAUGCGACUGGCAAUCCUCUUAAAACAGAUUUUGUUUAAACUAGAGCAAGUGCAAUUGCAUUUUUUGUUUCUAUAAAAGCUAUAGCAUAUCCUUGCUUAGAAAUCAGGUGCCGAUACAGCAUGUAAGUACUAUUAGACAGUAUAUUUAUAUUCUAUAAAGAUAUGUGUACAGCUUUCCCCUGGUAAUGAGGCAUGCAGGUAACCUCACGUCUGGGAGGAGCACAAAGGGUGGUUGAAACUGGCAGCAAGGGGACACAGGCCACGCGUUGAGGCCAGUAUGAGAGUGGCUUGCAACUAACAAGGGAAGUAUAGACAGUCUUAAUUUGAACUGGCUAAACUGCUACCGUUACGUUACACGGGAGUUAGCUGGCUGAGCCUAUACCGUUACGCUACGGAGGUUAGCUGGCUGAGCCUCUACCGUUACGGGAGUUAGCUGGCUGAGCCUCUAUCAUUAUAUUACACGGGAGUUAAAAAUAACGAGAGAAGCUCAUUAGUCACUCAGGGCAGGACAUUUUUUACGGAUACUGAAUGUUAAGCAAACGCUUGUGUGUUUAUAUACACAUAUAACCACACUCGGGUAUUUAUGAUGAAGUGCUAAAUGGUUUGUGGCUCAUCUUCUGAUAGCAGCGGCAGCAUCAGGGUAACAUGUAGCCAGGCGUUUUCCUGUUGGCAUCGCUUGCAUGCUGUGCACAUGCUGUGUUUCUGGGCUCAUGAAACAUGUUUUCUCAUGGCUUGUCAUUGACUCGCUUCUAGACCUGUGGACAUGGACAUACACUGCCUGGAGGUUAGGGGGCGCUCAAUGCUUUCGCUGUGGGCCAAAUGGGAGGCCUGUCAUGCUUUAGUGAGAGACUGGCAGCAGACUGCUGUAGGGAGGCUCUGGUUAUACCUGAACACAGCUAUGCACAAAUGAGGCAGGUGUUGGUGAGAACGAACCCAAAGAAUGAUUUUUUUUUUUUUUUUUUUUUUUUUUUUUUUUUUUAAACAGAAAAAAAAACAGUUUUGGGAGAAGUAUAUUUAUAUAUCUAUAACUUUUGAAUGAAAAGUAAAUUUUUUAGAAAGAUGUACAUAUUUGUUUGUUGCUGUCUUUUGUUUUUACAAGCAACUGUUUACAGGACGUACAAUUCCUGGGGGGGGGGGGCAUCAGGCUGAGUGGGGAGGGUGCUUCUGAAUUUAGACACACAGGGCUCAGUGGAUUCCAGCACGACUGCAAACUGACCCUGCCGAAAGAGAGGCGGCACGCUGUUCAGAGACGUAUAUAGAAGGAUGAACUGUCCCAUUGAUCCAUUCACUGAAGCUUUCCCAAGCUUAAGGUGGUAAAAUGAAGCUGCGUAUAGGAUUUGGCUGCUAUAACCUGACCUGACUGCUGUUACUUUGUGAUGAUUCUUGUGCAGCCCAUUUGCUGUAUUGGUGUUCUCUGGGCAUAAGAGCACCUCCUGCUGAUGUAGGGUCAUAGUGAACAGAAGUCCCCAUAGCAGCAGAAUGUGGUAGUAGCAUUAUUUCAGCCAAGUUUAAAUAGGCAGAGUGCCCCCCAGUGGCUGAUCAGAGGUACGUGCAGUCAGUGGCCACUUCAUUAGGUAUACCUGCUCAAUCACUCAAACAGUCGACCCUGUGGCUGCAGCUGAACACAUACAGCAGACACACAUGGUCAGGAGCUCCAUUUAGCCAAGCAUUUAAACAGCUAUGGCUUGAUCUGACAUUUUUGCCCACUACGGUGUCUACAGUUUACAAAGUCCAGGGUAGUGAACAAAGGCAUUCUGUGCAUGCAAUUUCUGUGGCUGAAAGGACCUUGUUAGAGAAACUGAACAGGAAGGCUACUAGCGCAAAAAUAACCACGCAUUACAACAGGGAUGUGCAGGAGCGUAGGGGGUCCUACUUGGUACUACGUAGGAUUAAAGUGGCCACUGAGUGUAUGUGUCAUGCCUUGCUUCUUCUGGCAGAGCAGUUGCUAACUUCCUGGCUUUAAAUGACUUAUGAAAAGGCAGAGAGGACACUCACAGAGGUGGCCUGCUUGAUGGCUACAGUGGCUCUGAGAUGUUGAGAUUGGAGCCCAUCAUCUCUGCUUCAGACUCCCUCCAGGAAAGCUGUAGGCCAGAACAGGGGAAGAUCAACAGUAUUUAACCCCAUGAAGAAAAAACCUCAACUGUACCUGUUUACACUGUAGAAUGACAGCCUGUUUUACGGUUUACAGAUUUGUGUCUUUAUCGGUCACGUUCCAUAGGUCAGUCUGCCCCCACCCCCCUUUCCUUCGCUGAGGAGACAUUGCGUCUUUUUUGUGUAAUCCUAUGCUCUUUAGUUCACAAGCUCAGCUCAGGUGUUAGUGAGCUUCGGUGAGCAUCUGUUUAAACCUCGUGUAGGACUUUCCCAUUGUGACCAACGUAUUUUACAUCUACUUAGCUUCCAGAGAGAAAAGCCUGCAUGCAGACAAACAGUGGUUACAGCAGGUCCUGCCUGGCAGCAAGAAUCAGGUGAACCAGAGGGGCAGGGUCCCAGCACCCCACUGCAGCCAAUUAUAGAGGGCCAACAGGCAGUGCACUGCUCUGCUUCUACCUUGUUGCUGAAAAAAGGUUGAGCACUGUAAGAGAAAAAAAUCCAGGAGCAGGCCACAUGUAAGCUGAGAUUCAUCCUUACUUCUUUGAUAGUUCUACAACAGAAAAUCGUUAACUCUACACAUUUCAUGAUGAAAUCAGUUAGGUCAUAACUGAAUCUACAGAUAUUUUGCAGUAGCUUAAAACAACAGUUGGAAGUUGACGUGCAAUUAGUUUCAAAGGGUACAAAGCUAAGAUUAAGGCUGCUAACGUCCUCUGAUGGCGUUCAUGUUGCUGUGAGAGCCUUAGAACUGACGGCUGCAUCGUCAGCUGCCGAUUCGCAUCCUGGAUGAACUGUAUCCUGUCUUUGUAUCUGCAUGGAAGCAAAGUAUACACACAGUAUGAAAUGGCUGAGAUGGGACCUAAGGCCUCCAGGAGUCCCUCAGGCCUCGGCAGACAUGCUCACCGGCGCCCCACAGAGGUUCCUCAGUGCCGGUUUGCCAGCCCAGGUCUGGCUUUCAUGCCAUUCUGAGGUUACCGGUCGCGUCAAGUGACAGGCGGCAAGGAGUUAUAAUUUUGUACACAUUUUGUAUGUUUGUAUGUAGGAUGUGCAUUAAACAUACUAAAGACUUAUGCACAAGUGAAAAAUAUGAAUUGUACUGUACAUAUAACAUUCUAGUUUUAUAUGACUGAGGGGCACUUUCAUAAUGAUAUCCCAUUUGUAUAUAAAAGGAAAUAAAGAGAAAACCAUGUUUAUGCUUUUAUACAAUAUGUACAAAAGGAAAAUGCUUAUUUUUUCUUUUAGUAAUAAUCCUCUAUACCAGGAGUCACCAACAUGGUGCCCGGGGCACCAGGACGCCCCCAGGCACCACGGGUCGCCCGCGGACCCGUUAUAAAAACAGCACAACUCACUAGUGAACAGCGUGUAAAAUCUAAUUUUAUCCUGUUACUAUUCUUCUUCAAUCACAUUUGCAUUUAUAUAGAUUUGAAAAUGAUAUCUAAAAAAAAAAGCAUUUAAAACAUUAUAUUAUACAUGAAGUUUACAUAAGUUUAGGAGGGCGUUUCACAAUGAAAGCCCUUCGUAUGGCUCUCAGUUUCAAAAAGGUUGGUGACCCCUGAUCUAAACACUGUACAAGGAAAAAAGGUUUUACA